GGUUACGAUUUUGUGUUCCACUAUCACAGCUAAUAUACACCGUCCGAUUUUCUUAGAUGGUUCUAAUCAAAAAGCCACGUCAGCAGAGGAGUCUAGACAUUACUGUGUUCCAUCUGUAUUCAAUCGCAGAACUUUCGUAGCUCUUUGUUUAUUUGUCAUCGAAAGCAGCAUCGAGUUCUUGAGAAGUGCUUCGAUCGAAGAAAAGCUUUCGUCUUUGUAAUCAACAGGGUGUGAAAGAAGAAGUAAUGGCAAAAAGCACGUUCAAGCAAGAGCAUGACCUAGGUUUGGUUCGGUUACCCUUUGUUUUUUUGUUUUUUGAACGUUCAGAGAAGAGAAGCGCAGAGGCUGCUCGGAUCAGAGAGAAGUAUCCAGAUAGGAUUCCGGUGAUUGUUGAGAAGGCUGAGAAGAGUGAUAUACCGACCAUCGACAAGAAAAAAUACCUAGUCCCGGCUGAUUUGACAGUGGGGCAAUUCGUGUAUGUCAUUCGCAAAAGAAUCAAACUGAGUGCAGAGAAGGCUAUCUUUAUCUUUGUGGACAAUGUUCUUCCUCCAACAGGUGCGUUGAUGUCAGCUGUGUACGAAGAGAAAAAGGAGGAAGAUGGGUUCCUCUAUGUCACUUACAGCGGAGAAAACACUUUUGGAUAUUGAUCUCCCUAGAUCUCUCUCGCUGGAUAUUUCAUUUCUCUAUUUCGCUGUAUACAUCAUCGUCAUCUUAUUAGUUAUUUAAGCAAGCAAGCAAACAGCCUAUGUACUUCUCUAAGAACGUUCGGUUGGGCGUUAAUGUGUACAGUAAACAUGAAAUAAUAAUGUAUAUAAAACAUGCUCUAAUAAUAUCUAUUAGUUCUUCAAAA